GAUUGCAUGCAAAUUCGAGUACAUAGACAGGCUUUUUUUUCCUCGAAGUUUCCUUACCAGCUAAGCAAGCGAAGUGACAACCUGUGGAAACAUAACCAGUAAUAAAUUAUCAUUUAAAUCCAGACGCAACUGUUGGAUUAAUAUCACGCCAUCACAUUAUCUAACGAUGGCUUAAUUUGAUUCCUCCUCUCCCGAGCAAGCGCGCUAAGAAGACGAAACAGUUGGCGGUAGAGGAGAGAACAAGUACGUCAUAGCUCUACUACACUACAGUUUCCGUAAAACGAACGCGUGAUUGCAACGUACCAUCGACUCUGGUUUCUCACGUCAUCGAAUCGAGUUAAUUUUGAGGAAUGCUGAUCGGUGGAGGUUCGCGAAAGCUUUCCUUGUCUUGGAUAUAGGCUGUGCGUUGUCUGUGUUGGGAAACUGUUAUGACCAACUGAGGGUGUAUUUUACAUACUCUGUAUUGUACAAGGGACGUGUUGAUGGGAAUGGUUUUUCGAAGUUUACUACGAUUACGGAGACCCCAGCGAGCUGGAAAGCUAUUUUUAUUUGUGGUAGCAGCUUUAUCAAUCUCAUUUCUCUUCAUCAAGAGUUUUGAAGACAAUAAACAAAACGCAAGCGUUGUUAUCGAAAAUCUUAAUGUUACGUGGACAAGCGAUGCUGUUGUGAAUGCUACUGCGGACCUUUCACUGAAUGUCUACGUCUGGAGGGAAUUGUGCGGCUCAAACGUCCAAGCAGUGAAACAAAUACCCACAUUUCCAAAUUACCCCGACCAAAAGGGUUUUAUAAACGAUGUAUUCGAAGUUUCGGAUAACAAAGAAUACUACGGACAGCUUAUAUUCGGCUUUUUAAAACCAACGACGAGCGGACCUUAUCGUUUUGCGAUUGCCUCCGACGACUCGUCGGAAUUGUGGCUUAGCGAAAGCGAGGAUCCCAACGAGAAACGCUUAAUUUGUCGAGUUUAUGACGAGAAAGAGGGUUAUGGUUGGACAAAGAAGCGUGAACUGAAUAAAUACCCCGUGCAAAUGUCUCAAUUCCUGAAUCUACGACGGGGGAAUCGAUACUACAUUGAAGUCCUUCAUAAACAAGGUGUUGGUGACGGGUUUGCUCAAGUUUAUUGGAGCACGCCUUCAGAGGGAGAAUUUCAACUCAUCCCCGUAGAAAACUUCGAACGGUACUCAAACGACUCAGUGGUUUUGGCGAAAAAGGAUGGGUAUCACCAGGCGUUUGCAAAUCAUUACCGAAGUCAAUACGAAAUGAAAGCAAACAUGGCAAGUCGUCAAACACUUCAGUUUUAUUCAUUACCGUUAAUUCCAAAGGCCAACUAUUUACCUUUGUGUGAGUACAAAUCUAGUGCUGUAUGGAACUCGGUGUGGAAUGCAAGCGUUAUCGGUAAGUAUGAAAGUCAAAAAUUGCUAUAUUACUCCAAUGUUUACCCGCCAGAUGAUACUUCCAUGGGAGACACAGGGAUGGUGAGGAGAUGGCCUAACCCCGCCGCUGACAGAGACAUCGUAGUGGCAGUUGUGAAUAAAAUGGUCGGUUCUCUUCGCCGUUACACUACCAGGGAGUAUUUUCUACAGAGGAUCCACAAAGUCAUCCAUAAGCCAGAUCCAGUGUAUGGUGAUCGCUUUUCUCUCGAUGUAGAAGUUGGUUUGGAACGCAGCAAGACUUCGUUUCGUCUGUCAGAACACGUCUUCAUUAAAACAGGGAGCGGCCAGUUGUGUUUUCAAGAAGGGAUGAAUUGGAAAAGUAACGCCACAGUGUAUUUUAUACUCCCUGUCAGAAAUCAAGGAAAAUGGGUUUAUCAUUUUAUCAACGAACUUUCAAUAGCUAGUUCAUUAACGAAAGAUGAAAACUUUCACGUCGUGGUCGUUGACUUCGAAAGUCGAGAUAUUGACCUGGAGAAAGCUUUUAACACUUCCCUCCUCCGUGAUAGACACACCCUUGUUAAAAUGAAGGGGAAAUUUUACAAGACCCUCGCGCUGAACGAGGGCGUCGCGCAUGUACCAAGUGAGUAUGACUUGGUGUUCCUGUUUGAUCUCCAUAUUGACGUACCUGUGGACAUCAUUGAUAGCGUGAGAAAGAAUACCAUAGAGGGGCGGGUUGCCUUUUAUCCUGUUGUUGGUCGGCUGGAUUGUGGGAAAAGUUCUGUGGAUCAUCAAGGUGUCUGGGCGGACGACGGUUUUGGCCUGUUCGCCAUAUACAAGUCUGACUGGAAUCGAAUUGGUGGAAUGGACGUCGAGAAGUUCAAAUAUAAGUGGGGCGGCGAGGACUGGGAAUUUCUGGAUCGUGUUGUUAAAUCCAAGUUAGAGGUGGAGCGCUUCAAGUAUCCAGGCCUCUAUCACCAUUUUCAUUUCAAGCAAGGCAUGUGGAAUUUGGAACCAACAGCCCCGCCCCCAGCGGCAUAACCAAUUGUUGCAUGCGCACUACAGGACACUGAUACAACUUCUCUUACCUUACAUACUAUCUUUGUGGCUGAAAAUGAUAUUUCCAAUGAGCAAACGAUGAACAUGGUGUUUUUUUGUAUACUUUCAACCCAUUAUGUCACCAGCUGUCAGGAUGCUUCACGCUUUCCCUAGUAAAGUCAUUCAUUAAUUUUGAGAAUUUUUACAAAGAUUAUAAACAUGUACUUGUACAAUCAUGGCUGCUACGGAUAUUGAAUGUACAGUACAAUUUACAUGUACAAUCAUGGCUGGAACGAAUAUUGAAUUUUCUGUACCUGGA